AUGGACGUGUUUGGGGAAAAUGAGGAGCUUUGGGAAAGAUUGUGGAGAAUAACGAUGAAAAGACUGUCCUCAGACCGUCCUCAGACCGUCCUCAGACUGUCCUCAGACUGUCCUCAGACUGUCCUCAGACUGUCCUCAGACCGUCCUCUGACUGUCCUCAGACUGUCCUCAGACUGUCCUCAGACUGUCCUCAGACUGUCCUCAGACCGUCCUCAGACCGUCCUCAGACUGUCCUCACACUGUCCUCAGACCGUCCUCAGACCGUCCUCAGACUGUCCUCAGACCGUCCUCAGACUGUCCUCAGACUGUCCUCAGACCGUCCUCACACUGUCCUCAGACCGUCCUCAGACCGUCCUCAGACUGUCCUCAGACCGUCCUCAGACUGUCCUCAGACUGUCCUCAGACUGUCCUCAGACUGUCCUCAGACUGUCCUCAAACCGUCCUCAGACUGUCCUCAGACCGUCCUCAGACUGUCCUCAGACUGUCCUCAGACCGUCCUCAGACUGUCCUCAGACUGUCCUCAGACCGUCCUCAGACCGUCCUCAGACCGUCCUCAGACCGUCCUCAGACUGUCCUCAGACUGUCCUCAGACCGUCCUCAGACCGUCCUCAGACCGUCCUCAGACCGUCCUCAGACCGUCCUCAGACCGUCCUCAGACCGUCCUCAGACCGUCCUCAGACUGUCCUCAGACCGUCCUCUGACUGUCCUCAGACUGUCCUCAGACUGUCCUCAGACUGUCCUCAGACCGUCCUCAGACCGUCCUCAGACCGUCCUCAGACCGUCCUCAGACCGUCCUCAGACUGUCCUCAGACUGUCCUCAGACUGUCCUCAGACCGUCCUCAGACCGUCCUCAGACCGUCCUCAGACCGUCCUCAGACCGUCCUCAGACCGUCCUCAGACCGUCCUCAGACCGUCCUCAGACCGUCCUCAGACUGUCCUCACACUGUCCUCAGACUGACCUCAGACUGUCCUCAGACCGUCCUCAGACCGUCCUCAGACCGUCCUCAGACCGUCCUCACACUGUCCUCUGACCGUCCUCUGACUGUCCUCAGACUGUCCUCUGACCGUCCUCUGACUGUCCUCAGACUGUCCUCUGACCGUCCUCUGACUAGACCAGAGGACUGGGUGGUCCUCACAGAGACCAGAGGACUGGGUGGUCCUCACAGAGACCAGAGGACUGGGUGGUCCUCACAGAGACCAGAGGACUGGGUGGUCCUCACAGAGACCAGAGGACUGGGUGGUCCUCACAGAGACCAGAGGACUGGGUGGUCCUCACAGAGACCAGAGGACUGGGUGGUCCUCCACAGAGACCAGAGGACUGGGUGGUCCUCACAGAGACUAGAGGACUGGGUGGUCCUCACAGAGACCAGAGGACUGGGUGGUCCUCACAGAGACCAGAGGACUGGGUGGUCCUCACAGAGACCAGAGGACUGGGUGGUCCUCACAGAGACCAGAGGACUGGGUGGUCCUCACAGAGACCAGAGGACUGGGUGGUCCUCACAGAGACCAGAGGACUGGGUGGUCCCCACAGAGACCAGAGGACUGGGUGGUCCUCACAGAGACCAGAGGACUGGGUGGUCCUCACAGAGACCAGAGGACUGGGUGGUCCUCACAGAGACCAGAGGACUGGGUGGUCCUCACAGAGACCAGAGGACUGGGUGGUCCUCACAGAGACCAGAGGACUGGGUGGUCCUCACAGAGACCAGAGGAAUGGGUGGUCCUCACAGAGACCAGAGGACUGGGUGGUCCUCACAGAGACUAGAGGACUGGGUGGUCCUCACAGAGACCAGAGGACUGGGUGGUCCUCACAGAGACUAG